CUUCACGCAUCAGGAUCUGCUCCACCAAACGGGAAGCAACGACGGCAGCUUGAUCUUUCAUUGGGAAGAAAAGAAGGUGAAAGGCGAGACGAGAACAUUAAGAAAUUGUCUUCGCCUCUCAGCCUCCAGCCAAAAUGAUCCACAGCCUGUUCCUAGUAAACGCCUCAGGGGAUAUUUUCCUGGAGAAGCACUGGAAGAGCGUGGUCAGCCGUUCAGUGUGCGACUACUUCUUUGAGGCGCAGGAGCGUGCCACUGAGCCGGAGAACGUCCCACCAGUGAUCCCCACACCGCACCACUACCUUAUCAGUGUGCUCAGGCAUCGCAUCUACUUUGUGGCAGUCAUCCAGAGCGAGGUGCCGCCGCUCUUCGUCAUUGAGUUUCUGCACAGAGUUGUCGACACAUUCCAGGACUAUUUCGGAGUGUGUACAGAAGCUGCCAUCAAGGACAAUGUGGUAGUGGUCUAUGAACUACUGGAGGAGAUGCUGGACAAUGGCUUUCCACUGGCCACAGAGUCGAACAUCCUCAAAGAACUCAUUAAGCCCCCCACCAUCCUCCGCACAAUGGUCAACACCAUCACAGGCAGCACCAACGUGGGUGAACAGCUCCCCACAGGCCAGCUGUCAGUGGUGCCAUGGCGACGCACCGGGGUGAAAUACACCAACAACGAAGCUUAUUUUGAUGUGGUGGAGGAGAUCGAUGCUAUCAUUGAUAAAUCAGGCUCCACCAUUACGGCAGAAAUCCAGGGAGUUAUUGAUGCCUGUGUAAAACUGACAGGAAUGCCUGACCUCACCCUAUCGUUUAUGAAUCCUCGGCUGCUGGACGAUGUCAGUUUCCACCCGUGUGUUCGGUUCAAGCGCUGGGAAGCCGAGCGGAUCCUCUCCUUCAUUCCCCCUGAUGGAAACUUCCGGUUGCUCUCCUACCACGUCAGCUCUCAGAACCUGGUGGCGAUCCCAGUUUACGUCAAGCACAACAUCACCUUCCGUGAGGGAAGCUCCCAGGGACGUUUUGACUUGACCCUUGGCCCCAAACAGACCAUGGGCAAGGCUGUGGAGUCGGUGUUAGUGAGCAGCCAGCUGCCCCGGGGAGUCCUCAACGCCAACCUCAACCCCUCCCAGGGAACAUACACCUUUGACCCAGUCACAAAGUUGUUGACAUGGGAUGUUGGUAAGAUCAACCCACAGAAGCUUCCCAGUCUGAAAGGUACCAUGAGCCUGCAGGCGGGGGCCUCCAAACCUGACGAGAACCCCACCAUCAACAUCCAAUUCAAGAUCCAGCAGAUGGCCAUCUCAGGGCUAAAGGUGAACCGACUGGACAUGUAUGGUGAGAAGUAUAAACCUUUCAAAGGCAUCAAGUACAUGACAAAGGCUGGCAAGUUCCAGGUCCGGACAUAAAGACUACUGUUCUCUGACUACUGGACCAAACCACAAUGAGACUGAAGGGUGAUGUGAUGGGGGAAGGGGAGUUGGUACAUUCCCUAUGUAUAUGCAUUUCAGGAUUUACCUACACAAACUGGAGGCUCCUUGUAGCAGUUGAAAAUGGACCAUUUCUCUGUUGAGUUAAAAGCAUCAAACGUCCAGUCGACAGGUUACAGCUUUGAGUGAAUCUGCAGAGUUUGAACCAAUAAAUCAUUUCCAUCUCUACCCAACCUGAACCAAGUUAUAUUACUCCUGAUUUAACACCAUUUUCACUGAUAAUUUUAAUCCUGAGCCCAAAUCAAACCCAAGCAGUUUGCUAGUUUAUGUCAAUUCAGGCUCCAUCAAGUUCAGACAUAAAGUUCAAGCUCUAACAAACAAAUAAACAACAGGCCACAAUCUGAUGCUGUACUGUUUCAGUACUGUAUGACGUUACAUCCAAACUACUACAUUUUGGUUUUAAAACGCAUAAUUUUUGCUACAUUUACACCUGAUGUCCACACUACUCUGGAGUUUUUGAAAAUACAAAAAUGGAGACUUUUGGAAACACUUUGCAUUGUAGUGUAGACGGAUAGAAACGGAGACCUUUGGAAACGGUGACGAAGACACCCAUGGUUGCUCCCUGUUUGGGUCUCAAUGGUUACAACUACCAGUGGUAAAUGCACCAUGGAUAACACAUUACAAGCAUCACUGACCUUGUUGUCUUUGCUAGCAGCGGUUGUGCAGUUAAAUUCUGCAUUUUAUAAUGCUACAACUGUCUUUGCUGUUCCUCGUUCAUAGUAUUUUCUGCAACUGCGCAACUGCAGAGUAGACGAUCUGCUUCCUGUUUACACCGGCACGUGCAUGCCCGGUGUGCGUGAAUGGUCAUGAGAUAUGUGUUGUCAGGUGUGAUAGCAUGGAGAUUAUUUCUGAUACGGAGCUAAAACGGUCGUCUGGAUGGAGAUCAUAUUCAUUUAAAACGCCGUUUUAAAACAAAAAUGUAGUAGUGUGGACGUAGCCUCAGCUUUAAAAGUGAUCUGUCCUCCUUUUUUCCACAAAGUAUUUCAUUGUCUGUCAUGUUUGUCUGGAUAAAGUUGUGUCUGACUAUUAUUAAAUAGAAUGUUAAAUAAAUUGCCCCCUUUUUUUCUUGUAAAUCUUAUAGGACAGAACUGCUUUAAUGAUAAUCUGUGUUCCAAAGGCUCCCCAUCGUGAACUCCUAGUGAAAAUGAAAUAUAAUUCUCAUACUCCCGUCUACUUCCUUCUCCAGCAUUCAUCUUUUUACUGUUUGUUCUGUUCUUGUGCUCCUGGUAUCCUUGUUGCAAUAAUUCGAUGAUUUAUGUCGGCAGCACUGGAGUCAACACACUGAUGUAUGAGAAUAUGAUACUGGAACCGUCCUCAAUCACGCACUUUCACAUCUGCUGGUACAAACAUUUCAUUUUAAUGCAAGCGAGAUGGAUGUAGAGUGACUGAAGCCGUUCAAGCUAUUUAUUACCAUGACGAUUUCAUAUACAUACAUGUUCGCAUGUUUUAUUCAACUUAAAUUAUUAUUUAUUAAACAAACCAAAGGAUUUGUUUAAGUAAUAUUUUGUGUUCAAUGCUUCCCAUUCCUGCAUUCUGUCAUUAAAUCCAUUAAAGCUUUAACCCUACAGAAGCUUGUUAUUUAAUAUUAAUAUCAUAUCAUGGCCGAACAGGAUGGGUUUCAACAUAUAGAAACAUGAAAAUGAUUUUUGACCCUGUCAAUUUGACGCUGAGAUCCAAAUUAUCCAAGAAUUUUCUCAGUGCAUCACAACACUUACAGUCAGAGAAACUGUACAACAUGUAACUUGUGAAUAUCACCAUGCCAACUGGGCUGAUCUGGUUAAACCAGUACGAGAGUUGGUGUGAUAUGUACAUGCCUCUGGGUCUUGACAUCAUAUUCACACCUCUUAUUUCACAGGCAUAGAGGUGCAUGGUUGCAAACACAGUGUGGUGUGAACAGCUCAAAAUGAAAAGAAUAUAUGAAACUAUGUACCCGGUAACUCAGAAGUAAUGUUGAAGGUUUGCAUUUUGUGUUUAUGGACUUUUGUUUGUGUGUUUGUUAAAACAGCCUCCAAUGGAGUGUUAUACUGGUGUAAAAAUAAAGAUUUGAUGUGUUAUA